AGCGCUCAAACGUGAGUUCUCUUUUUAUAUAACCGACUGUUUUGUUGAGAUAUUUGAAAAGUCAAACAAAUCAGUGGUUCAACAAAGUAGAGCUCUUCAUAUGACAAGGGAGGGACUCCUAAAGUAGCAUUACUCAAUAAGAUAUUAACAAGCGUCGUUAGUUCUCUCGAGUGUCGAAAAAAUGACCAGGAAAGUCACCCGUUGCACUGGAAACUACUCGUCUAAAACUCCGCUCAUCGCCGGACGUGGUGGUGAGCGUGAACGCCGACAAGUUUGGAAAAAAUUUGAGCGGCUAGUUAGGAAUCUGAGUCUGGUGGCGGCAAAUGUCUCGUUGAUCGGCGUUUACGUUGCCUUUAGGGGUUCGAAGCUGGAUCACCACUUAGGGUUCCACCCGAUAUGGCUUCCGAUCCUGCUCUUCAUCGCCCAUCUCGCUGUCACUGUGAUUCUCCGCAUGAGGCGACCUUUUCACCCCCGCCAAUUCUUCUCCGGCAUGAUCUUCAAGGCCACUGCCGACUGGCUCUCCAUGAUUUUCACCGGGCUUAUCACAUAUCAGGUAUCUGGGUCAAGACGUCACUACGUCUCUCCUUCUCCUGGAUUCGAUUACUAUAUCUUCAACUGCACCAAUCCUUUAGGUGUUUCAUCCAUGCUGCCGGAAUUGAGCUUCACUGGGCAGCAAAUUUUAGAUCCAUCAUCCUCCCUUACAUUGAACCCUAAUCCUAACAUACUUGACUUGAUCUUAGGUGGGUGUAACGAGCCAAUUUUAGUUCCUCCAUCCUCUCUCAAAACAUUGAACACCAACUCUAACCUACUUGACUGGCAAAUUGUUGUGGCACAAGCUCUACUGGCACUUUAUUCCCUGGCCAUGGCCACCCUUCUCCGCCCCGGGCUGUCGUAUACCCCAACCGAUAGAUUACUCUAUAUCGUCAUCUUUUUCUCAUUUCAUCUCUACGCGGACUUGGAGUACCCCUGCUUGGCUUUUGGGGCUUUAUCCAUCUACACCUUUCUCUUGCUUUGCAUCGAAGGUUAUAUUGAGCAUCGUGCCCAGGAUGCUCCAGACACACAGACUCUGGCACAAAGAGGUGAGCUAGCUCCAGUGCGAAGGGCCGCGAUGCGUCCACAGAGACAGCACCAAGCAUGAGCAUUAAUGGCUAGGAAAUGAUGAUUCCUCUCGCAUUUUUUGGGCUUUGUAUCUGGAGAGCACUACAUGUUGCAGAUCAGAAAUGGAACCUUAGGCAAUGGAGUAGGUGGUGUGCCCGGUUGAUGAAGAACAUAUUUUCGUUGAAUUGUUUAACGAGUAUGCAAUUUGGUUAGAGAACAUACAAUGUCUCUAUCAAUCAUACUCUUUGGAUUUCUUUUCUGUUCCAUAGAUCUGAAUCCUUUCUCAAGUAUGUAAAUUCUUCAGCAUUGCACAUUUUCUUUGUUGCUUAUGGUGCUCUAAACUUGAUCUUCAUUUAUGGCAAUGCAUGGUAGUUACUGUUGUGGAGA